GGCCAGGAGGCGGUGGGGAAGCAGCGCGCAUCGCUCGGGCCCCUGCCUGCUCCCAGCCGCCAGUUGCCGGUUGCUAAGCAGUUAUUGUUUCUGUGGCGAUUGCAGAGGCUGUGGCUAAUUGGAGAAGCCCCACUGAGCAGCAGCGUCUUCCUCUUUGGAGCCUGUCUCUGCUCUUUGCAUUUAAAGAGCAAAGUAGGCUGCUCUCCCAAGCUCCCUCCCCCCCCCCCCCCCCCCCCCCGCAAAACCUGGUGAUUUCGGAAGUAUGGACUAGAAUUUUGCUCUCCUCACCCUAUCAUUGCGACUCUGGUGCCUUCAAAGUCACAGUCAGACUACUCCUGACUCUGGGGUGGUGAGUGCCAGCACAGACCAUGACCACUGCCAAGGAGCCCAGUGCCUCAGGAAAAUCUGUACAGCAACAGGAUCAGGAGCUGGUGGGGAGUAACCCUCCACAGAGAAACUGGAAAGGGAUUGCAAUCGCACUGCUCGUCAUCCUGGUCAUCUGCUCCCUGAUCGUCACCUCCGUCAUCCUGCUGACACCAGCGGAAGAUACUAGUCUGUCUCAGAAGAAGAAGGUGACUGUGGAAGAUCUUUUCAGUGAAGAUUUCAAAAUUCAUGACCCGGAGGCCAAGUGGAUAAGCGAUAAAGAAAUCAUCUACAGAGAACGGAAAGGGAACGUCAUACUGCGGAAUGUUGAAACCAAUAAUUCUACGGUUUUAAUAGAAGGCAAAAAGAUUGAAUUCUUAAGAGCCAUCAGAUAUGAAAUAUCUCCGGAUAGAGAGUAUGCGCUGUUUGCCUAUAACGUGGAACCGGUUUAUCAACACUCCCACACUGGAUAUUAUGUCCUGAGCAAAAUUCCUCAUGGCCUCACAGAUCAGGGGCUAACAAAGAAACGAGUCAGAUCACAGAUGGAGGAGGCCGUGCCCAGCACCUUUGGGUACCUCACACCUAGCCAAAUAUUUAUCUUUGAGAACAACAUCUACUACUGCGCACACGUUGGGAAGCAGGCGAUCCGAGUGGUCUCCACAGGGAAGGAGGGUGUGGUCUACAAUGGCCUCAGCGACUGGCUCUAUGAAGAGGAGAUUUUGAAGAGCCACAUCGCGCAUUGGUGGUCACCAGAUGGCACGAGGCUCGCCUAUGCUACCAUCAAUGACUCUCGGGUUCCUGUUAUGGAGCUGCCGACGUACACAGGCUCUGUCUACCCCACUGUGAAGCCCUACCACUACCCUAAGGCUGGCAGUGAAAACCCCAGCAUCUCCCUCCACGUCAUCAGCUUGAGCGGACCCACCCACGACCUGGAGAUGAUACCACCUGAUGACCCUCGCAUGAGGGAGUAUUACAUCACCAUGGUGAAGUGGGCCACCAGUACCAAGGUCGCUGUGACCUGGCUGAACCGAGCCCAGAAUGUGUCCAUUCUGACCCUCUGUGACGCCACCACGGGUGUCUGCACUAAGAAACACGAGGAUGAAAGCGAAGCUUGGCUCCACAGACAGAAUGAAGAACCUGUGUUCUCCAAGGACGGCCGCAAGUUCUUCUUUGUCAGAGCGAUCCCACAAGGGGGCCGGGGGAAGUUCUACCACAUCACCGUGUCAUCCUCCCAGCCUAACAGCAGCAAUGACAACAUCCAAUCCAUCACCUCUGGGGACUGGGAUGUGACCAAGAUCCUGUCCUAUGAUGAGAAGAGGAACAAGAUCUAUUUCCUGAGCACAGAGGAUCUGCCGCGGAGACGACAGCUCUACAGCGCCAACACAGUCGAUGACUUCAACAGGCAGUGUCUGUCCUGCGACCUCGUGGAGAACUGCACCUACUUCAGCGCAACCUUCAGCCAUAACAUGGACUUCUUCUUGCUCAAGUGCGAAGGCCCUGGUGUACCCACUGUGACUGUACAUAACACCACGGAUAAGAGAAAAAUUUUUGACCUGGAAGCAAAUGAGCAUGUGCAGAAGGCCAUCAGUGAUCGGCAGAUGCCUAAAAUCGAGUACCGGAAAAUCGAGAUGGAAGAUUACAACUUGCCAAUGCAGAUCCUGAAGCCGGCCACCUUCACCGACACGACCCACUACCCCUUAUUGCUGGUGGUGGAUGGUACCCCAGGGAGUCAGAGUGUGUCAGAGAGGUUUGCGGUGACCUGGGAAACAGUGUUGGUGAGUAGCCAUGGAGCAGUGGUCGUCAAGUGUGACGGCCGAGGAAGCGGCUUCCAGGGAACCAAGCUCCUGCAUGAAGUACGGAGGCGCCUGGGAUUCCUGGAGGAGAAGGACCAGAUGGAAGCUGUGAGGACCAUGCUGAAAGAGCAGUACAUUGACAAGACACGGGUGGCCGUGUUUGGGAAGGAUUAUGGUGGUUACCUGAGCACUUACAUCCUCCCGGCCAAGGGAGACAAUCAAGGCCAGACUUUCACCUGCGGCUCGGCGCUCUCUCCAAUAACAGACUUCAAACUCUAUGCCUCUGCAUUUUCCGAGCGGUACCUUGGCCUCCAUGGACUCGACAAUAGAGCAUAUGAGAUGACCAAGCUGGCACACCGAGUGUCCGCGCUGGAGGACCAGCAGUUCCUGAUCAUCCAUGCCACGGCUGACGAAAAAAUCCAUUUCCAGCACACAGCUGAGCUCAUCACACAGCUGAUCAAAGGAAAGGCCAAUUACAGCCUACAGAUAUACCCAGAUGAAAGCCACUACUUCCACAGCGUGGCCCUCCAGCAGCAUCUGUACCGCUCCAUCAUCAACUUCUUUGUGGAAUGCUUCAGGAUCCAGGACAAGCUACCCACAGCCACAGCAAAAGAGGACGAGGAGGAGGACUAAUCUUGCUUGAGACCUAAUCACAGACAUGGCUCUUUCUACAACAAUAUGCAACUGAGGAACCCUCCCCCAGCCACCACCCUCCCUCCAAGGGCAGUGGAAGUGGGGGUGCCGGUGUUCCAUAGCAUGUGUCUCGAUACCGAAGGCCAUUUGGUGGGAGCGACAAGCUCCGGUGGAAACCACAUAGCCUGGAACAACCCCACCUCAGCAGCAUCGCCUCCUCCUGGCCCCCAAUGACUGGCCCAUCCCAUGUCCCCUCCCCCCGAGGGGACAAAGUGAAGGACAGAUGACAGUGAGGGCACACUUUGAGCCCAAGAAAACCAGCCCUUACGUCCAAGCUUUCUCUCUGUAGCAUUGAGACCCGCCAUCUGCAUUCACUCACUGCAUCUGUGCUCUCGACUGUGAGUCCUGUCUGGCUUCCUGUCUGACAGAGCUGUGCCAUGGGAACAGGACAGCAUGGUUGUCUCGGCAGUGUUCAUACAUGCCUGGCCCCUUUCUGUGAUUAGAAGAGCCCCCACUGUCCCUCUCUGCACCCAGAAAACAGGUCUUUUAUGUACAAAGUAAGACUAUAACUCUGCCCGUGGUUAACCUUGUAGAAUUACUUUGUAUUUUUCUAUGGUUUUAACUGGACACCCCGCUGUCUCUGCCCCUGGACUGUCUCACUCUGAGUAUUCUUUCUUUCUGUCUUCUGUUGCUUUGCUCUGCUUUCCAUGUCGUACUUGUUUGGAUAAAGAGAUCAUUCUGGAACACCUGCUGUCUCUGUUAGACGUGGUGGAGGUAUUGCAGACACCAAGGACUCAGAGCACCCAGCAACACUCACUAAAAGUUCAUCAGUCCAAACCUUCUUCCCCCUAAGUGGAGCUGGGACUCGCCUGUGGCUCCACCAUCCAUCCCAUAUGUCCUUAAAACUGCUACUCUUUCCCUGCUUGAUCAGUUGUCUGGUCUUUCAGGGUGACAUUAGGUUAAAAAUCACAAGACAGAAUGUUGGUUCCACUCUUAGGUCUACUGAGUAAUAAACCAGACCAGGUCAUCACCAGCUGCCCGGGGCUGGCUCCUCCCUCCUGCUCUGACAGUGAAGUCAGUGAGCCCCACCCCAUCUCAGUAGCCUUGUAAGAUACACUACCGACCAGAUGUGUGACCACUGUCACCCGUGUAUAUUUCAUUUCAUUGUAUAUAAAGCAAGAAAUGUGUGUCUGGCGUUGUGCAGUCCCCUCCACCUCCCAGGCCUACCCUUGUGUUGAAUUUGCAUGCAGACACCUCUCUGGCUGAUCUGGCCUGUCCAGAAGUGAAAUAUAUCAAUUGUCAUCGUUUCCUUUCAGGACUUUUGACAACCUGUAUGUCAAUAUGAAUCACCCCAGUUUCCACUCCUGCUGGGGUGUCCUGAAACCCUGUCCUCAGAGAUGUGUCCAUGUCUUUUGUUUUGGUUUUGGGUAUUUUUUGUUUUGUUUAUUUUUUUUUUAAUGUUUGGGGGUUUUGGUUCCGUCCACGCAAGCACUGAUUCUUGUUAGGUCUGUUGGAAGGGCUGCAUCCUGGGUUUUCCACAGGUGAUGUGUCACACUGGUGAGAAAGGACCUCAUGCUGACAGACAGACAGACAGACAGACAGACCAUGCUUUCACUACUUCAAAGGCUCAGCUGACAGCAAAGCCCAGGAGGUCUGAAAGGGGGAGCCAGCUCUGGCGGCAAGGACAGGUCGAUGGGCCGCAGGGAUGAGGCAUGGUAGCAUUUGUCAUCCAUGGAAUAAAACAUUAUUUUACCACUCA